AUGGGCUUGCAUUCAAUGUGCCUUUGUAAAGCUCCGCAGUGUAUUGCUGUGAAUGUUCCACUUGAUAUUUACAUUUGGCGUGAACAGCUGCAGUUGUUCAGCGUGUACAGUUGUUGGAAUUCUCUAGUAAACCAAACGAGAAAAGAUGCGCGGGACCAGGCGGCCAUGGCGGAUGUCUACCUCAACAACAUCAUUCCACGAUUUACACAAGUGCAGGACGACUUGCAGAGAAUCUACAAAAGGUGUCGAGAGAUUGGUUACGAGAGUCAUGAAGAGCUGCUUAAGGUACUGCAUGAAUUGCACACCACCAUGCGGACCUACCACACUUAUCAGACAGAGUUCAAGAAUGCUGAGACCAAGCUGAGGAACUUCGAAGCCCAGAGGACCAAGCUGGAACAGGCCAUCCCUAAGGAAAAGCUGGAAAAGAGCAAGAAGUUCCGUAUGAUCGAGAAGGAGAUUCAGAAGAGAAGCAACAAAUACAUGGACGCUAAGCUGAAGGCACUGAAAGCCCGCAACGAGUACAUCCUUUCUAUGGACUCUGCUAAUGCUGCCAUCCAUAAGUACUUUGUAGAGGACUUAUCAGAUAUUGUUGAUUGUAUGGACUUUGGAUUUCACAGUAGCAUAGCCCGUGCUCUCCUCACACAUGUGUCCGGACAAGAAUGUGUCAGGAGGAGCUUGCAGAGUGGUAUUGACGAGUUGAACAAGACUAUCAACAACCUUGAUUCUCGCCUAGACAAGCAGAGAUUCCUAGAGCAGAACAAUGCGGCCUUCAUGCUCCCUAAGAAGUUCGAGUUCCAAGGCCAUAAAGGAGAUGAGACUCACGAGGAUGCCAGUGCGAAACAGGUGAACCAGGUGGUAGUUAAUCGGCAAGUACAAGAGGAGAUGGAGAAACGGUAUGCGCACCUAGUCUCGAGACUGACGAGCCUCAAAACAGAAUCGGAGGAAACAUGGAAGACCAUUGAAACUGCUGAAAAGACGCUGAUGGAGAUGAUCAACCAGAGGGACUAUGACUGUGCGCACUACUUCAUUGACGAACCUCGUGCAGAUAACAAGCAACCUGAGUCUAUGCUGAUUAAAAUGAAAGCAGACAGACAAGAAACAGAAGAUUUCUACUUAGGGAAAUUCCGUGAGUAUGUCUUAGGAGGUAACCUGAUAACCCGACUACAAGCACGUUAUGAAUUAAUGCGCAAGGCUUUAGGAGACGAAACUCAUACAACUUCUUCACCCACUCCAACAAGGAACCUGGUGAACAAACCACGUCGAAGGCGAAUUGGGCGCAACCCACUGAUGGGCCAACCCAAGCUGUUUGGUGGAUCAUUAGAGGAGUACCUGGAGGCAACAAGUCAAGAUAUUCCAUUAAUAAUGAAGUCUUGUAUCAGAGUCAUCAAUCUCUAUGGGUUGCACCACCAAGGAAUCUUCCGAGUGUCAGGGUCGCAGCUGGAAAUCAACAACUUCCGUGAGUCAUUUGAGAGAAUGGAAGAUCCGCUGGCAGAUGUUACCGAUGCGUCUGACAUCAACAGUGUUGCUGGUGUCCUCAAGUUGUACUUGCGAGAGCUCAGAGAACCACUCUUCCCUACCGUCUUCUUUGACCAGUUCAUGGAGAUUGCUCAGUUAGAGAAGAAGCAUGACUUUGUUGUUAAGAUGAGAGAUGUUGUGACCAGUCUUCCUCGGCCAGUCUUCAUUGUCAUGCGCUACCUCUUUGCAUUCCUUAAUCACUUGUCAGAAUUCAGUGAUGAGAAUAUGAUGGAUCCCUAUAACUUGGCUAUAUGUUUUGGACCCACACUGGUGCCAAUACCUGAAGACAAGGACCAGGUGCAGUACCAAAACUUAGUCAACGAAUUGAUCAAGAACAUCAUCAUCUUCAGCGAGGACAUCUUCCCCGGUGAUGGGGGCCACACGUAUGAGAAAUUCAUCUCGCGGGACUCGAUAGACCUAGAUGCUGACAUGGGUGAUGCGCCCUCAGAAGCUCACGAUGACGUAGACUCGGAACAAGGACAGUCUGAAGAUGAUUCUGUAUUUAGAGACAAAGACAUUCAACUUCAGAUAUUUGGAAAGAGCGAGAUUUUAGAAGCUAUUGCACAGUUUGACUUCUUAGCGCGGUCGGAGCGUGAACUGAGCUUCUGCAAGGGAGAUGUGUUGAUGCUCCACUCGCAGGUCUCUGGCGACUGGUGGAAAGGGUCAUUUCAGGGUAAACACGGCCUUAUCCCUGACAAGUACAUUCUGCUGAAGAUAAGAGAUGAAGAUAAAGACCGUCUGAGUGAGAGAAGUGCUGCAGAGAUGCUGCGAAGACGUGUUUCCUCAUCCUCAGAGUCCAUUCUUUCCUCCUCGACUCAGCAAUCCUCGGAAGGAGUGAUUAAACCAAGUGCGCAAAACGGAGCAGCGCAAGCACCACUCUCUCCAUCUCCUGCAUCAGCACAGAGUCAAGAGUCGUGCGCGAGCCCCGUGAGUCGCGACGGCCAGGGAGGCACCUCUUCCUCGCAAGGGCUCGACUCGGGCGGGGGACCGGAGGGGGCGCAAGCAGACGGGGGACGCUCAGCCUCACCGCUGCCUACCACUCCAGGGCAGGCCUCCCACUCCCCCACCCCCCCACACUCCCUUCAACACGGGGCUUGUCUCUCCCUCUCAGAUGUGUCAAGUGUCGUGUCUGUCCAGGAGGAGGCAGGGGAGCUCAGCAGUAGUGAAUGCACUCUGCAAGUCACCAUGCCGGGUGAAGGUGGAAGUGUUGCCCCCUCCUCCCCCAGUUCCCCCCAGCCCCCCCAGCACUCUCCCUGCCACCUCACUGAGCCGGUGACCCAGUCUGUGGCCCCUGCACUGGUGGAGGAAGCAGUUGGGCAGGAGGUCGAAAUGGAGGAGCCUCAGAAGAGCAAAAACAUGGAGCAACUGAACCUUACAAACUCGUCGAGCCCAGUAGGGGGUUCGUUGUUCUCCCGCAGCAUGCUGGAGGUGCAGGAAGACAACGACCGACCUGGGGGGAGCACCUGGGAGCAGAGACCCAGGCGGCCCUCACAAGGCUCCAACCUCUCCUCUAGCAGUUCAGAGGAACUCAACUACUCUGCACCUUCGCCUCGCACCUUUUGGGAGAGACGAAGCAAAGUGAAACCUGUCAUUGGCGCUCCAGACCUAGUGAUGGACUUACCCGUCACGCCCCUGUCGUCUUCCCCCAAAGAGCAAGGAGGCACCAGUCCCAGGUUCCGUCGCACACACCACCUCCACCGCGAGAGCCAGAGUUAUGAGAGUUCCUCAUCUUCUGGGGGUUCCUCACCUGGCACACAGUCCCCUGACAUGACUGGAGGGGAAGUGUUUGCAAAACAGAACCAAUGUACCUUAAAAAAGAAUCCGGCCCUUAAGACUUUUGGCGGUUACAGCACUGAUGCCCAAACUCAGACGGUUGUUCCAGUCAAGGUGUCUCCGCUUGUCACCCAGAGAAGUGCUGAUGCCACAGAACUGAGGAUAACAGAGGCAGAGGAACCUUCGGUGUCAAGCAUUGUGCGAAACUUAGACAAUGUCAUGCAACAGCUGGACUCGGAGAUGAGGAGUGACCGCACAGAGCGCACCUCAGAAGUCCGUGUUGAGAUUCGGUCAGCAUCAGAAAAGACUCCAGAGGUGGCGGUUCCUCCUUCCACGCCCAAGCUUGCAGCACGGUAUCUCCAAGCAGUAGCAGCCUCAACUGGUGGCACAACACCUUCCCUGAAACCCCAGGUCCGGGCCAAACCAGUUGUGCACAAAAAGCCCUCGUUAACCAGGAGUUCGCCAGAGCCAGACCCAUCAAAAUAAAUGAUACAGGUUCUGAAGAGUUAUGAUUAGGAAAUAGACUUGUGCAGUAAUAGAAGACUGGUUCCAUAAGGACAAAAAUAUCUUCCCAAAAAAAAAAAAAAGAUAAUUAAUGGUAUUUUGUUAUAAUAAUCAGAGAACUAAAAGAUUAUUCCAAUUAGAAUGUUCUUAUAAAGUGUACUUGGAAUUAUAUCAGUUACUUUUAAAUUGUAUUUAUGCCUAGAAAUACAGUGUUGUUACAUUAGUGAAUGAAGAAAGAUCAUAUGGAAUGAAUAAAAAAAAAUUGAUAAUCAUAUGGAGAGGACUCUGCAGUUUUUUAUUAUGAUGUUGAGGGGAAUUGCAUUUAAUAUACUGCCAGGAGUCUUGAAAUUAUUGCACAAUAUAUAUAUAUAU